CCCUCCUUCCCCUCCCGCCCUUUCUCGUCCCAGGUCGCGCGCAGAGGAGUUUUGACCCGCGGGCGGAGCCGUAGUCGUCGCUCUUCCUACUACGUAGCGUCGCGAGCAGCGGUUCAGAGAUGUCUGAGAGGAGGGAGUCCGGAGACGAGAAGGCCGCGCCGGCGAGACCCGGGACGGCCCCGGUGACCAUCAGCGACGUGCAGGAGCUGGUGCGGAGGAAGGAUGAGAUCGAGGCGCAGAUCAAGGCCUACUAUGACGUGCUGGAGGACCAAAAAGGAGUUGGGAUGAAUGAACCUCUGGUUGACAUUGAGGGAUAUCCCCGGGCAGAUGUUGAUGUGUAUCAAGUUCGUACAGCGAGGCACAACAUUAUCUGUCUGCAGAAUGACCACAAAGCCCUGAUGAAGCAGGUAGAAGAAGCCUUGCACCAGCUCCAUGCCAGGGGAAAGGAGAAGCAAGCAAGGGAUGAAGCAGAAGCACAGAAUGAGGCCUUGAACCAGGGCCAGGGCCCGAGCCAGGGCCCGAGCCAGGGUCCCCCUCUGCCUUUUGCUCAAGUGAACAGCAUCAGCCCAGGCUCUCCUGCCAGCAACUCGGGUCUCCAAGUGGAUGAUAAGAUCGUGGAGUUUGGUUCAGUGAAUGCCCACAACUUCCAGAAUCUGCAGAACAUCGGAACGGUGGUCCAGCACAGUGAAGGGCAUCCGUUGAAUGUGACAGUGCUCCGGAGAGGUGAGAGACUACAGCUCCGCCUCGUCCCAAUGCGCUGGGCUGGGAAAGGACUGCUGGGCUGCAAUAUUAUUCCCUUGCAAAGAUGAUUGCCUUUUGGGAUCCCCGAAAAAGAAGACCUCCCCCUUCCCAUCCCCUGGACCUGGAGGUGGCUUGGAUUUCCCUGUAUUCAGCUCCUGCUGGGACCUUAAGGAUUUGCAAUGAGUUUGGAUGGGUAAACUCUCUCUUUGAUGUUGGAGAUGCACUUCCAGCAAAGGUUUUGACCAACACAGUUGGCCUGGAUUAAGGCAUGGUUAAAACUUCACAUUUGCUUAGCAUCUCUUACAAAUUAUGCCUUGAUCUUUAAUGGAAAUUAUUUUUGCUUGUGGGUCAGUGGGUAGGAAUUUAAUUUGACAUUAUUUUUGCUCUUUUAGAGGUUGCUUUAAUUUUUUUAAAAUUUGAAUUAGGAGAAAUGAUUUGCAGUGUACUGAUAUAUUAUCCUGAUAUAUAUGUAUAUGAUGUCUGUAUAUCAUAUAUAUGUGUGUGUGUGUUCACAUACACACAUAUUCAUGAACCAUUCAAACCAAAGUGUACAAGGUCACAGUCUUUCCAUAGAAACUCUUAUACAAGAAGCUGCCAGUGGAGAUGAGCUGUCCAGGAAUUUCUGAAGUCCUAACUGGACCAACCACUCUUAUUUCCAAGGCAUAUCAUCUUUACUAGGUUGGAACUAUUGAAGACAAAGGAUAAUGAUAUUUAAGCGUAGGGGUGGUAACUUAUCAGGAGCAUGGAUGACUGGGUUGUGAUAUGGUAAAUCUUGAGUGUUUCUCUGCAACCUCAAAACAAUUUGUAAACUCAGACCAAUACUGCAGCUUUUGGGGAAGGUCCUUUAGCUCAUUGGGAGAUGCAAGUCUUCUAUAUCCACAAGGGGGCAGCAAGGGCCCUGACUUUUCCAGGUCAGAGGAAUCCACUCCCCCCCCCAUCAUCUGUGUCUCUCAUCCAUCACGGCCAGCCCAGCCCCUACUCUCCCGUUGUAAGACCCACGUUGUGAAGGUAGGCACUGACACUAACCGAUGGGAACUUCAGAGGUUUUUCAAUUUCGACACUUUCUAAGUGCUCUCGUAUUUAAAACAUGCAGCACGCUAAUAAACGUCAGUGAUUUUACGUUUCUGCCUGUCAUCCUCGUAGCUGUUCUGUCUCUUUUGGGUGUAGGAUUUAGAAAUCUACUAGAAGAAAAACCGGCUUCACUGAGAUGUGCAGAGCCAUUGUUCCCCAUAGGAGUAUUUAUUAGGUAGCAGAAAUGUCAUCUUUCACGGAUGAAGUGGUACAGACUCAGUUGUGGCACCAUUUGGAUCCUCAGACUCAGGCAGAAGCCCUACUGUUCAGCAUCUUUCCCCAUAUGGGGCAAUUGGGCCCCAAACUGUGUUCCUUCCAUAUUGUGUUGACCAGUGUUUGCUGUUUGAAUUGCAAGCAUUCUUGCUACUCCAAGUGUUUUCAGAUCUUUUCCCUAUAUCUCAGACAGUUUAAUAAACACAUCCUAUGCCAUCUUG